GUCAGAGCUCACACUCCAUUUGAGUCAGAGCAGAGCAGGACAAAGAAACACAUCUGAGAAGGGAAUAUUGAAUUCAGAAGAUGAGUGAUAUUGGGGACGAAGAAGAGGACAGAGCAGUGUCUCCUCCGUCCAGCUGUAUCUCCAUGAAGAGUGACUGCUCUAGAGCUACUCCUCUGAACUUCAAUAACGGACCCUCAGCUACACAGAUGACAAAUGAAUUUGUUUCUGUGGAGGAACCGCAGUCCAGCUGUUCUUUGUGUCUGAAUGUCCUGAGAGAUCUAGUUUGUACCAGCUGUGGCCACUGGUUUUGCAGACAGUGCAUUGCCCCAAACUGGAACCAGUCUACUUCAUUAGAAGAGCCCUCCUGUCCUCAGUGUGGAGAACAAUCUGUUAUAACACGAGGUCAGCAGAUAUCCAGUCGAUUCAGCACUGUAAUAAUGGAUAGAGGUCUGCAGAAGUUAAUAGAGCUACAUAAGGACAGUCUGAGAAAGAGAUAUGAACGUGUGAAUGAAGGAACCGAUAAAGAAGAAAGUAGAACCCUCCUGAACACGAUCUACACUGAGCUCUACAUCACAGAGGGACAGAGUGAAGAGGUCAACACCCAACAUGAAGUCAGACAGCUUGAGACUUCCAAGAAGAAGACUCUCCACGAGACUCCAAUCAAGUGUCAGGACAUCUUCAAAGCCUUACCCGACCAACAGAAACAAAAGACAGAAGCUCAACCCGACCAACAGAAACCCAUCAGAGUGGUUCUGACAAUCGGUGUUGCUGGCGUUGGAAAAACCUUCUCAGUGCAGAAGUUCUCUCUGGACUGGGCAGAGGGCUCAGAGAACCAAGACGUCAGUCUGGUGAUCCUGCUUUCAUUCAGAGAGCUGAACUUGAUCAGAGAUAAGCAUUACAGUCUUCUUGAGCUUCUCCGUGUUUUCCAUCCAACAUUACAGGAGGUCACAGCAGAGACGCUCAUUGACAGUAAACCUUUGUUCAUCUUUGACGGUCUGGAUGAAAGCAGACUUUCAUUGGAUUUUCAGAAGAAGAAGAUCGUGUCUGAUGUCACACAUAAGCUAUCGUUAAAUGUGCUGUUAACAAACCUCAUCAAGGGGAAUCUGCUUCCCUCAGCUCUCAUCUGGAUAAGUUCUCGACCUGCAGCAGCCAAUCAGAUCCCUCCUUCAUGUGUUGACAGGGUAACUGAAGUACAAGGCUUCACUGACGUCCAGAAGGAGGAGUACUUCAGGAAGAGGUUCAGUGAUGAUGAAGAUCUGUCCAGCAGAAUCAUCUCACACAUCAAGACAUCCAGGAGCCUCCACAUCAUGUGUCUGAUCCCGGUCUUCUGCUGGAUCACUGCCACAGUUCUGGAGCACAUGAUGAGCACAGAGCAGAGAGGAGAGCUUCCCAAGACCUUAACUGAUAUAUACUCACACUUCCUGCUGGUUCAGACAAAGAGGAAGAAGCACAAGUAUGAUGAGGGACAUCAGAUGAGUCCACAUGAGCUGAUGGAGGCUGACAGGGAAGGUCUUCUGAAGCUGGGGAAGCUGGCGUUUGAACAUCUAAAGAAAGGAAACAUCAUGUUCUACAAGGAAGACCUGGAGCGUUGUGGUCUGGAUGUCACAGAGGCCUCGGUGUACUCAGGAGUUUGUACAGAGAUCUUCAAAACAGAGAGUGUGAUCUUCCAGAAAACAGUCUACUGCUUUGUUCAUCUGAGCGUUCAGGAGUUUCUGGCUGCAGUCUACAUGUUCAACUGUCACACAAACAAGAACACGGGUGUAAUGGAGGCUUUCCUACAAAACAUCAAACUCAGGGGCUCAUUUAUGAAUGCGUUUUUAAAGAGGAUCGCAAAGCCUUUUCAAACUCCUGGUAGUUACGAUUCACCCCUUGAUGUCUUCCUGAGGAAUGCCAUGAAGAAAUCCCUGAAAAGUGAAAAUGGUCACCUGGACCUGUUUGUCCGCUUCCUUCAUGGUCUCUCUCUGGAGUCCAACCAGAGACUCUUAGGAGACCUGUUGGGUCAGCCAGACAACAGUCCAAAAACGAUCAAGAUAGUCAUCAACAACCUGAAGAAGAUGAACAGUGAGGAUAUCUCUCCUGACAGAAGCAUCAAUAUCUUCCACUGUCUGAUGGAGAUGAACGACCUCUCAGUCAAUCAGGAGAUCCAAAAGUUGCUGAAGUCAGAAAACAUAUCAAAAAGUAGACUCUCUGAGAUCCACUGCUCUGCUCUGGCCUACAUGUUGCAGAUGUCAGAGGAAGUUCUGGAUGAAUUAAAUCUGACGGAGUACAACACAUCAAACCAGGGACGAUUGAGACUGAUUCCAGUUGUAAGGAACUGCAGACAGGCUAUAUUUUAUGACUGUGGACUAUCAGAGACUCACUGUGAAGCUGUGGCCUCAGCUCUGAAGUCUAACCCCUCCCAUCUGAGAGAGCUGGACCUGAGUAGAAACAACGUGCAGGAUUCAGGAGUGAAGCUUCUGUCUGCUGGACUGGAGAGUCCAAACUGUAGACUAGCGAGUCUGGAUUUGUGGAGCUGCGGUUUGACAGAGACCAGCUGUUCUUAUCUGGCCUCAGCACUGAAGUCCAACCCCUCCCAUCUCAGAGAGCUGGACCUGAGUGAGAACAAGCUGCAGGAUUCAGGAAUGAUGCUGCUGUGUGAUUUUCUGAAGAGUCCAAACUGUCGACUGGAGAUUCUGAGAUUUUGUGGCUGCAAAAUGACAGAAAUCAGCUCUUCUACCCUUGCCUCAGUUCUGUCCAACCCCUCCCAUCUGAGAGAGCUGUAUCUGAGUAACAGUAUCCUGAAGGAUUCAGGAGUGAAGCUUCUGUCAUCUGGACUGAAGAGUCCAAACUGUAGACUGGAUACCCUGGGUUUGUGGACCUGCCGUUUGACAAAGACCAGCUGUUCUUAUCUGGCCUCAGCUUUGAUGUCCAACUUCUCCCAUCUGAGAUAUCUGGAGCUGAGUGACAACAUCCUGCGUGAUUCAGGAGUGAUGUUGCUGUGUGAUUUUCUGAAGAGUCCAAACUGUAGACUGGAUACUCUCGGAUUGAGAAGAUGCAGAUUGUCAGCGAUCAGCAGUUCUUCUCUGGCCUCAGCUCUGAAGUCCAACCCCUCCCAUCUGAGCAGCCUGUAUCUGACUGAAAACAAGCUGCAGGAUUCAGGAGUGAAGCUUCUGUCUGACCUUGUGGAGAGUCCAAAGUACAGACUAGAGACUCUGGAAUGGAAGUGAUAUCUGUCAGAGUUUAAAAAGAGGAUAAUCUUUUCGGUGAUGAUCAAAGAGGUGGAAGCAACAGCAGCUUUUGUGGUGAGUCUGCGGUGUAACUGGGAGACUGACCUACCAAUCACAACCAGUUGAGAUGGAUCUCAGUGCUGCAGUCUGGACUGAUGAAAUAUCAGAUCCACUGUCAGGCGCAGGAGCUGGACCUUGGACAUUUUUUCUAUUCUGCCAGAUAUUCUGAGCUCAAACUGCUUCAUAACAAAAUAACACUUUGAUUUGGAUAUACCUUUUUCUGUUGUGGUGCCACCCUUUGUAAAUGUAGAGUGCGGCAGGUUAUUCAUUAACAUGUUUCUAGGGGUUUUUUCACACCCAGGUCAUUUGGAGAAGUUUUUCCCAAAUAAGGGGGCAUUUCCCUCCUAGCCCAGUUAGUC